AUGGAAUCAAGGAACAAUGUGACUGAAUUUGUCUUCUUGGGGCUCACUCAGAGCCUUCAGGGUCAGAAAAUAUUGUUUGUUGUGUUUUUGUUCAUCUACAUUGUGACAAUGAUGGGCAACCUACUCAUUGUUGUGACUGUCAUGGUCAGCUCAACCCUGGGUGCCCCAAUGUACUUCUUUCUUGGCUACUUGUCAUUUAUAGAUGCUAUUUACUCUACAAUAGUUACCCCAAAUAUGAUUGUAGACUUCCUCCAUGAGAAGAAAACCAUUUCCUUCAAAGCUUGCCUGAGCCAGCUUUUCCUGGAGCACUUAUUUGGUGGUGCUGAGAUUUUAGUCUUGGUGGUCAUGGCCUAUGAUCGCUAUGUGGCCAUCUGCAAACCCUUGCAUUAUUUGACCACCAUGAAUCAACGACUAUGUGUUCUGCUGCUGCUGUUGGCCUGGCUUGGAGGUUUCUUACAUGCUAUAGUCCAACUUCUCUUUGUUUACAACCUUCCCUUCUGUGGUCCCAAUGUCAUUGACCACUUCAUGUGUGACAUGUUCCCCUUAUUAAAACUUGCCUGCACUGACACUUACUUUCUUGGCCUCACUAUGGUUGCCAAUGAUGGGGGCAUCUGUGUGGUCAUCUUUGUGCUGUUACUCAUCUCCUAUGGGGCCAUUCUGUACUCCCUGAGGAAUCGUAAUCAGGAAGGGAGGCGCAAAGCCUUAUCUACCUGUGGCUCCCACAUUACUGUGGUGGUCCUCUUCUUUGUCCCCUGUAUUUUUAUAUAUGUGAGACCUUCUUCUACCUUACCCAUUGAUAAAUCCCUGACUGUAUUCUACACUAUUAUCACCCCUAUGUUAAACCCCUUAAUCUAUACUUUGAGAAAUUCAGAAAUGAAAAGUGCCAUGAAAAAACUCUGGACCAGAAAGAGAAAAUGA